CCUUCUGGUGGUCAUUACCCGACCGUGGACGUAAAUACUCAGUGUAUGACCAGCAAAGCUAAAUAUUGUAGCACUUAGUUAUCAGAAUCAGUAAUUAACAAUCACAAGCCAGGAUUAUUUUUGGAAUUGGUGACAAUGGCCGACGAAUCAUUUGAUGUCUGUGAAUGCAUUUGGAACCACAAUGCUAUGCAACGAUUACUAUCAUUGCUGAGGCAAUCGCAAGCAGCCUGUACUGAUAACGAGUGCUUCAACUUGACAAAUCUUCCCGGGCCAGAAGGCGGACAGCAGAACUCUGACUUCUUGGUCAUCGGGAUCGCGUUUGUCGCGAUGACGCUGAUGUACUUGUUCAGACCUAAUUCGCUUCGUCAGAGCUACGCGGAUGAUGUCAAGCCAAGGAAAUCGUCUGGUCCAAAUGAUGAUCCACCAGCACCACCACCAAUAAAUUAAUUAAAAAAAUGAAUCUUCAAUAAUUACGGGCUUUCAAUAAAUAAAAUUAUAAAUAAUUAAAUUAUUAUUAAAGAAAAAAAAAAUUUUAUUUAAAAAAUAAUUAUUUAAAAUUAAUUUAUAAAAUUGUGAUGUAUUAUUUAAAUAUUGAAAUUUUGUCAAAGCACAAUUUUAAAAAAUUUAUUACAGUUAAUUAUUAUAUUAUAUUGAUAUUAAAUAAUUCUAAGCCAGGAAAAUAUAAAUAUAUAUUUUUUAAUCAUAAAAUAUAUAUUGGAAUAAUGUGAAUACUAAUUGUAAAUUAAGCAAAAAAUCUAACUCUAAUAUAACGAGUGGAACUGUAAAAAAAAUGUGUGGAAAAAAAAAUUAUAUGACUAAUAAUACAUUCCAGGGUUUGAAUAAACAAAAAAAUUAUUAAUUCAA